AUGCACGGCACGCCGUCGCCAUACGGUGGCUCGCCUUUCCAGCACGAAAUGGUUCCCUAUGGCGCCAAUGGGUACUACAACUACCCCCGCGACCCGCGCGACCCAUACGCAAUGAUGGCCGCCAUGCAACAUCCGUCUUAUUUCCCACACUUCCCACAACAUUCUCCGGUUCCACCACCCGAGCCCGUCCCGACUCCUGCACCUGCAGCGGCUACUCCCGCCCCAGCUCCAGCUCCAGAACCCGCUCCACCCCCGCCACCAGUCGAUACAUCAAAGGACGAGGCAAUCGCACGACUCGAGAAACUCAUUCUGGACCGCGAAACCAAGGAGGCCGCAAAGGCAGCCGAAAUUGAACGACAGGAACGAGAAGCUGCCGCCGCCGCAGCGCAACUUGCCCACGAUAGGAAAAUCGCCGGAGAGGCCGCCGCUCUUGCCCGAGCGGAUGCCGAGAAAAGGGCAGCUGAUGAUGCCGCGAAAGCUAAAGAGGAGGCUGAAAAAGCUGCGGCUGUGGCUGCCGCGGAUGCCGCCACUGCUGCUACCGCUGCCGCAGCUGCCGCAGCAGCAGAAGCGGCGGCGGCAAAGGCAGCAGAGGCUGAAAAGGCCGCCGCACCAAAGCCACCCGCUGAGAAGAAGAAACCUAUCAAGUUCAAAGAUGCUGUGGGAAGGAAAUUCAGUUUUCCUUUUGAGCUUUGCGCGACAUGGCAGGGAAUGGAAGAUCUAAUCAAACAAGCCUUCCUUCACAUCGAAGUGAUCGGACCACACGUUGCAGAGGGCCAUUACGACCUGGUGGGCCCUAACGGCGAUAUUAUUCUCCCUCAAGUGUGGGAGACGGUAAUCGAGCCCGACUGGAGCAUCACCAUGCACAUGUGGCCUAUACCCGAGAAGCCCAAGGAUCCUGAUCCACCUCCUGCUGGAGAAGCCCCCGCUGAACCUCCAAAGGAUGCUGCGCCGGCUGGUGCGGAGGCGCCGAAGAAAGCUCCUCCCAAGAAACCUCGUCCCCCUCCCGGCCAGCCUGGUGGCUUUGCGAGCUGGAUGAUGGGAGGUCGGAAACCUCCUAGGGGAAAAGCAGCUCCCAAGAAGCCUGAUGCGGCUGCGGCUCCAGCUGCUGCCCCGGCCCCGGCUCCAGCACCAUAG